AUGAUCGCAAUACUAUGGGCAGCUGUGGUCGGUAGUUUCGUCGUAGGAGAGGAGGCCAUCACUCCCUCCGAUGUCGUUUGGGGAACCUGCCGUCGAUAUAACGAGUUGGAACUGUUCAUCCAUACUCUGCAGUUGAUUUGUCCACUCAAUUAUGACAACAAGUGUGAUGACCCCAUCAUGGAUCCGUACGGUCUAUUUAGAUAUCGCUGCCAAACCGUUUAUCCUUAUGAUGAAAACUUGUCAACAAUUGAGAUACUGAAUGCGAGUUCAUUGCUGGAAAUGCUGCACCACACGGAUGUUUACAAAAGGAACAUGGUGUAUGAUCACACGCUCCUUUGCAGCCUGUUCUACUCGCCGACAUGUCCGUUCAGUGCUCGUAUUGCUCCAUAUUUCAAUGCACUUCCUCAGCUGUAUAACCAAAGCAUCAAGUUCGCCGCAUUCGAUGCCACAGAAUUCACGAAGUGA